AUGGAAUUUCAAUUCCAGCAGCUACAGCACAAAGAGAGCAAACUGAAACAGACAUGUAAUAAGGUGAAGAGCAGCAGCAAAACUCCCACCAAGAACAAGUUUGUGGGUGUCAGGCAGAGACCGUCAGGGAAAUGGGUUGCAGAAAUCAAAAACACUACUCAGAAGAUAAGGAUUUGGUUAGGCACCUUUGACACAGCUGAGGAGGCUGCUCGGGCUUAUGAUGAAGCCGCUUGCCUCCUUCGCGGUUCCAACACACGAACCAAUUUUGUCAAUACUCCAACCUCAAGCAAUGCCAACUCUGCUCUCACUCGUAGAAUCAGAAACCUAGUCAAUCAGAAAAAGAGCUUGAUCAGAAACAACAACCAAUCACCUCCAACUCCUCCAAUAAUCACAUCAAGCAUGAAGGCAGCUGAUAAUGUUGCAAAUGCUAGCUUGGUUCUCAGCCAAGCCGUCAGUUUUACAGGUCAAUUACUGGAUGAAAAUGCAUAUAGGCCAGAUGUAAGUGGACAAUUUGAUUGCUCGUGGGCAUUUCCCCAGCAGUUCCCUCCUCCGAUUCCUGAUGAUGAUUUGGAAAUGUUUACAAAACAGCUCACCUUCACCACAUCGAUCGAAGCAGGAGGGAUGACGAGCAAUGCCAAUGAGGUAGCUAUGCUAGAAUUCGAGCGCAUGAAGGUAGAGAGGCAGAUAUCAGCAUCACUCUAUGCAAUGAAUGGAGUGAAUGAUUACCUGCAGAGUGUUUUCAAUGCAUGCAACUCAAACGAUGAUCCUGCUACACCUAGCUGGGACCCUCCCAUGCUCUAUCAUAAUUUUUGUCUUGGUUAA